AAACGAAAAUAUAUAGUUUCGAACAAAUGGUAGCGUAGUUUGGUGCUACGUAGCAGUGUGUGUGUGCGUUGUGUAAAAUCAGUGAGAAAACAUCUCAAUAUAAUCGAUAGGCUACGGAUGAAUUUGUUCAUUUAAAGAAGGAAGCACAAAGCACGGGACCGGAACUUAGAGAAAAUCGAAUAAAAUGUGUGCAGAAUAAGAUUUACUUUUUGUUUCUGGAAUAGGGAAUAAGAAACCACGCGGCGAGAACGGCAGAGGACGGGGGGUAUAAAUGUUGCCACGGGAGAAGCAACUGCGUCGUCACGUCGCGUGAGAGCAGUCUGUAGUGUAGUUUCGUGUAUAUAAGCUAUGUCGGCUAUAGUGUGCCUUUUCUCGGGAUGGUGUGAAAAAAGUCUUCUUACAAAAAAAAAACGAAUCUAUCAAACCCCCAAACCCUCUCCCCGCGACCAGGAAUGGAAAAAAAAGCAUGAGGCAAAGUUGCACAAUUUAAAUGGCUAAUAUUGUGGUGUGCGCUGCCAAUUGCUACUACUAAACUAUAGCAACAGCUACUACUACUACUACUACCACCACCAUACACGACCGCGUUGCGAUGAGUUACUAAAAAUGGAAGUGUACACCAGGCCGCGCCGCUACUACGGCUUCACUUCCAUUCGUGCGUCUCGCUCGAUGCCAAAAACGCCUUUCUCUCUUUUUUUUUUGUCAAUCUUACCAUCUCGUUCACUCACGUUUGCCCUUUCGCUCCGGGGGGAUCACAUUUGCGCCGGAUUUUGUUCACUAUCAACCGCUCAAAAAAGAAAAAACGAAGCAGCAGCACCACCACUACCAGCAUCAGUGCCAGCAGCAGCGUUCCUCUAUAGGGAGAAUAAGUGUUAUUACUGCAGUUAGCGAAACAACAGAACAAAGUGCACACCCUUGUGCGUGUGAUUUCAACAGAGAGAGAGAGAGUGAGAGAGUGAGUGCGCGCGCAUAUGAAACAGUGCAUCGUGGUGUAGUUGUGAAACAAAGCGCAAAAGUAUAGGUGGUGAUCGGUCGGAAGAAAACGGAGUUUUUUUGUAUUAAAUUCUGCAACAACAGUAACAAACAAUAAACAAACCGACACAACACAAACCGUAAUUCUACUUACCCCCCAACAUACAACACCGCCUGGAUGCACCGCUGGCGCACGGACACUGUUGUGCAUCGUUGUAUUGCCGCAUCAUCGAAAGUAGCAGCAGCAGAAGGAGAAGAUUCGUUGCUGGUCUCAUCACCGUGCACGCACGAACAAGCAGAGAAAGCGGCCGGCACUAGGACGUUCGGUGGUGUGAAGAACCAGUAGUGCCGCCUGGGAAGAAAACGUCACGCACUUGUGUGUGCCGUGUGCGCGAGAGGGAAACGAGCAAACAACGUAUCCGAGUGUCCAAGCAACAUCCUUCCAAGGAUGAGUAGAAGUAGUGACAGAUCGUCAACAACAUCAAUAUUGCCUUCAGCCUUUGGAGCAGCAUCAGUGACAGCAGCGGCGAACUUAGACCGAGCGAGUUAAGGACGAGUCCAGUUGCCUUUAGCACAACGCCGACUACAGACAGAACCCCGGUAUUUUUUUGUGCGGAAGAGGAGUUGUUGUUUUCGUUGUUUUAAAGUUAACCGGUUUAGUUUGGUGUGUUUUGUGUAAUCCCACCGUUUAUCCCUCAAUUUGGCGGUCAAUAAAAGCAAUAAGCGCCCGAUAAGGUUUGCGAAAUCAUCGUACACCGGUCUCAAGGAUUCCUGUUUAUGUUGGAGCAUAGUAUUGGAAUGCACGGUCUUCCCUUCGCCGUGUGUAUUUCACCCAUCAAGACGCGCCUCGUGUUGAGUUGAAGAUAGCGACGGGAAAAAAAAAGGACAACAUAGGGAGGAAGAACCACAAGAGCAGCCAAGCUAAAACAAACGGGCAACAGAAGAGUGUACGGCCAAAAAAGGUGUCGUCCAAAUACUUACUACCGGUGUGUCAACUGGUAAGCGUGUGUUACGCUGCCAACUAAAAAUCGGGCCACAUCUCGCCUUCUGUCACGCGAUCUCUCCCAACCCCCCCACCCAACACCAAACCUUUCCUCCCCCCCUCUGUAUCAUUCGCCAUCCUUCCUCUCUGGUUCCAUUGUUCGGUGUUACCGACAGCCGCCAGCGUGCGCGUACCGCGUGUCGUGUGUCGGCUAGCAGCAGAGGAAGAUGUCGGAGCACCAUCGCGGUGCUUGGGGUACGCGUGAGGACGCCGUCUGGUGGCCGGGUGGCAUCUCGUCGACGGAACAGCAAACACUGCAGCACCAUCAGCAUCUCAUCAACCAGCACCAUCAACAGCAGCUCGCCCAACAGCAGGCGGCCCAAUUGCAGCAUCAGGUCGCGGUACAGCAACAGCAGCAACAGCAGCAGCAGAACCAACAGCAGCAGCAGAACGACAGCGCCCGGAACAACAGCACAACGUCCACAUCCGCUACCCAGCAGCUGUUCUCGUACAAAAUGGCCAACAGCUUUCAGAACCCGGUCACCACGAUGUCGGGUGUGACGGUGUCCACCUCGAACGCACCAUACGACUACCGGCUCGGCAUGAGCACGGUGGUGGCACGGCCCGGUGACCCUCCGACCAUGUCCAGCACAGCGCCCACCACCCAAUGGUGGUAUCCGGGCGGCCAGAACGCGCUUGACAACUCCCUGCAACAGCAGCAACAGCAGCAACAACAGCAGCAGCAACAGCAACAACAGCAACAACAACAACAACAGCAACAACAGCAACAGCAAACUCAACAGCAUCAGAGUCAAACGCAUGUCCAGAAUAAUGUUAUUCUGAAUAAAAUGGUCACCGGUACUGUUGCUGGUGGUAAGGUUAAAGACAAUAAGCCGAGGGGGCGCAUGACGGCGUACGCGUUUUUCGUGCAAACCUGUCGAGAAGAGCAUAAGAAGAAACAUCCGGAGGAGCAGGUCAUAUUUGCUGAAUUUUCCCGCAAAUGUGCCGAACGAUGGAAGACGAUGUUGGACAAGGAAAAGCAGCGUUUUCACGAGAUGGCUGAGAAGGAUAAGGCUCGGUACGAGCUUGAAAUGCAAAGCUAUGUGCCUCCAAAGGGCGCUGUGGUAGGACGGGGUAAAAAACGAAAGCAGUUUAAAGAUCCCAACGCACCGAAGCGUUCGCUUUCGGCAUUUUUCUGGUUCUGUCACGAUGAGCGGAACAAGGUUAAGGCGUUGAAUCCGGAGUAUGGGGUGGGCGAUAUCGCGAAGGAGCUUGGUCGAAAGUGGUCAGAUAUGGAUGCGGAAAUAAAGCAGAAAUACGAACAAAUGGCCGAAAAGGAUAAGCAAAGAUAUGAACAGGAGAUGACCGAGUAUAAGCUGAAGUGUAAAAAUGAACAAGGUGGCGGCACACCUGGUUUGAACUUGCCGCAACAGUUGCAACAGGCAGGGCUUCAACAUCUCCCGCAGCAUGUGCAGCAGGCUGCCGCCGCCCAGUUACAGGCGCAAGUCGUCCAGGCACAGCAAGCCGCGGCUGUUGCCGCAGCAGCCGCUGCCGCCGUUCAACAGCAGCACGACGAUGACGAUGACGAGGAGGAUGGUGAUGAGGACGAUAACGAGUAAUGUGUGGGGGUAGGCAGCGCAACCACACCAUUCACACCACCUCAAAAUUUUUCCUCCCCUUCCCCAGAACAGAUCCCUCCCGCUCCGAACAACCACCCCUCAUGCCACAUUUUCAUUAUCUCCUCUUUCAUUAGCUUACCCCCAACGCUACCGUUCUUAGAACCCUGUUUCAACAAAAAAAAAACAAAUUCAAUAGCUAUUUGAAAUUAUUGUUCCCAGGCAAAUAGACACAUUCUCACAUCGACGCUCAUAAAACAUACAAAUUAUAACGAUAAUUUAGUACAGGCAGUAAUUUUAUUAGUUUUUUUUUUAUUAUUUUAUAAUCUAAACUACACCCCUUAUAAAGAAAACAUGUUCAGGAAGAGGACACAACGCUGUAAAAUCAUCGGUAAAUCGAUGCAUAUUUAGCGCCUAGGUUACACACAGCAGUAAAACAACAAGAGAGAAAAAUAAAAACAAAAAAAAUAUACGCUGCGUUUUGAAAAGGAACGAGAACUCUAAGCCAAGUACAACAGAAAUGAAAGGUAGAGAAAGAGAGAGAGAAAAGGAAGAAGACGAAAGGAAAGCAGCGGAAGGAAAGAUAGUAAGAGAAGGUAUAGGAAAGGAGCAUCGUUUAGUAUAAGCAAUUAUGCUCUAUAGAUUCCCAGUCCUCUGUGUCCCCCUUCCCCCCCUGAAGAGAGCCUAUAAAGUAGAAAGCUGUAUGGGAGAAAGGGGUGGGGGAAAGGGAUGGCGAAGAAGAAAACAGAUCAGUUUAGGAUAAAAUAGCGCACCACACACUAAUGGGUGGGUGCCACACUGUAAAGAAUUACAUUGGAUAAAGUGCGUGUAUAUGCGCGCGCAUUUUUUUUGUAGCGUUUUUAGGAGUCGCGAACGAGGACGGUUCUUAAAUAUUACGAAAACAAAGGGGGUUUUGGCACAUAUUGAGCGCUAGCGGCGAUAACGAAUCGACACGAUCACACUCUCAUUUGAUUAAGCUGAUUCGUUUCGUACGAAACCUUAUCCUGUCUCCCUUAUAGAAUGUUAGCCUUCGAAGAAGAAGAAAAAGAUACAAAAUGCGGGACGUAUCUUUUUGUUUGUUUGUUUGUUUGUUUUCUUUUGGGGGAAAAACAACUAGUGUCUCUUCUAAGACAUUCUUAGAGCGUUAAUUUUAAGUUCUCCACACAUCGGAUUUUACAACUAGCGCGCGCGACCUUAUAUUCGACUUUGUCGGUGUACGGAAAGUAAUGCAUUACAUUGUCGCUAUUAUGCAUUAUUAUAAUUUCUUUUAUUUUUUCUUUUUACGUUGUCAAAAUGCAUCCCCAUUUUUUUUUUAAUUCACUACUUUUCUUCACACAAAAUAAAUGGAAAAAAAUAAGUAAAGCCUCUUGCGAACAACCGGGAAAAAGGAAUACGUGGAUUACACACUCACACACACAGAGGAGGAAAGCGUUAUGCUGUGAUGCCAUUGUGUAACACACAGCAGGAACGAACCGACCGAUGUCAUUAAGAAAAAAUUGAAUUUCACUUAGCCAGGGCCAGAAUGGAAAGCAACACGAACUCGUCAAAAAGAAAACAAAUGUUCUAACAAAUCAACCAUAUGUAAAAGAAAUAUAAGUAAUCCAUAUUUAGAGGAAUGCGCGACAAUGGGUUUUUUUCUCCAUCUCUUUCUCGUCCAUCGCUCCUACCUUCCUCCGCUUUCCUUUUAUAUAGUCGUCUUUUCUCGCAUUCACUCGCCUUGUACGGCUCGGGAAAAAGGACUCACGAUUGAAGACGACAGUUAAACGAGUUUCAGUUGCAUACGUACAUCGUAAGUUUGCAUAAGUUCAGCAUUAAUCGCCAAAUUACAUUUGUUUCCGUUACAUGCCCAUUUUAUAGUUCGAUGUGUAGUAGUGAUCCGUUAACCGUGGGACAGAAACCUACUGUGUGUAUGUGGGGGCGUUGUGGUAUGAGUGGCAUAACACUCGCUCUCCCCGUUUCAAACAACCAACCAACCAAACCUCUCCUCCCUUCCUUCGUCCCUUAUCAUGCAACCCAGCAAAGCUCCUUUGCAACACUUUGCCCUUCCGCCGGGGGUAUCCUGUAGUGAAAGAGGGGUGUGUUUGCGUGUGUGUUGUAGUAGACUUAGCAGUAAGUAAGACGGCACGUAUAUUGGCGCUAAAAAAAUCAUAUAAGGGAAGGAGAAGAACAAAAAAAAAUACAACAACCAACAUAAUUAAAGGCAACCAGCAAACACGACAAGAACAGUUUAAGAUUAAGAAGCAAAUGGAAUGAAGAUAAACUAAAUAAAACCGCCACGUCCAGACCUUGUGUGUGGGUGUGUGUGUGUGUGCGUGUGUUGGUAGGAAAAUGUAAGAACAGUAUCAUUAUAUGACACAAUGGAGGCGCAACCAAAAUUGGUGUCACAAAAUAAAUGAAAACUUAAAUCUGAAACGAAACAAAGUAUCACACGUACACACACACAUGCACAACUCACAUUUUUUCCCUCUCCCUUCCUCUCCCCGCACUCCCUCUCUCUUCUCAUCCUCCUCCCCACUCCACAUUGCGAAGUGCGAGGCGGAAACAUUGUAAUAAAAUUUGAAGCAACAUUUUAUAGGACAAAACAAAAACAAGCGUAAGAAUUAAACAGUUUUUAGUAAGGGCUGGUAGGUGAGAAAACUCGAAAGUACUAAUGAGAGGAUGCGGAAUGGCGCGGAGGGAUAAUAGGAAAACGAUGGAUAGAAGGUUGGACAACUUGGAGAGCUGAAUUAAAACCCAAAAGAGACAGAAAGAAUGUGUGGAAGAUGAAGGUGGGAGUAUUAGUCCGAUUACAAACUAAUUGGAGCGAUUAGUUGGAUUAUACUUAACGUUUAAUUUCUUUUUUUUUGUCCUCUCGCCCUGUUUUUGUCAUUCGUCAUGAUGGAACCAUAUUUUUUUUUAUAGAAUUAGUGAAAAACCCACACACAUGUUUUUUUUUUAAAUUAGUUUUAGUUAUUUUUGCCAUCUGCUUCUCGUCUCGCCGCGCACGACGAACGCGGAGCCAGACCGCGCAAGGACUAGGGUAGGGAAGGAAAAAGAUCAUGAAUAAGGGAGGAUAAUGUGGUGGAAAAGCAGCGAUAAAAAAACACUGUUCACAAAACUAUAGGAAGGAAGCGAUAUUAGUAGAAAGCGAUAAGAACUCUAAGGCCGCGAGCAGAGACAGCAAAACGGCAUACAAUUAAAACAAAUAAAUGAAAGGUAUAGUACGUACGCAUAGAACAACAAAAAAAAACAACAAAACAUGGAACACUCAACACACAAUACAAAUGAUUAAGAAAGGAGCAAAACAAAAGCAACAACAACAAACAAAACAUUAAUAAACAAAUAUAAAAUCAUCAUAAGCUAACAA